AACAAAAAAACAUUUAGUUUGUGUAGUGAUCCAUACUUGGCAAAAGGGGAUUUUUUUUCUAUACAGUAUAUUCUUCUUCAAUUCUGCUUAGAUCACAUCUCUGAUGGAGAUGAUAUGAUUCUGGGCUCCAAUUUUAGCAACCACCCUCUUCCCAAAACGUGAUCUUUUUCAUCAUCCUCACUAUUUCUUGAAUUUUUUUAUUUGGGUUUUGGGUGAAAAUAUGCCUACCAGAGCGAUGAGCAAGGUUGGUGUUGAAGAUGAGAUUUUUAGUGGAGAUCAGAUGUUCUUUGUGGGGAAAAAGGUUAUGUUAGAGGAUGUUAGAGAAGAAGAAGAAAGAGGUGUGAAAUUUGGGGUGUUGAAGAAUAGUAGUUGGUCAGAUGAAUCAUCAUCCUCUAUAGGGAAAAACAGUGAUCUUUCUGAGAAUUCUUUGGAGAAAAGUGGUGAUGGUGAAGAGGUGCAGAGCUCUUACAAGGGGCCCUUGGAUGCCAUGGAAGCUUUGGAGGAAGUUUUGCCAAUAAGGAGGGGGAUUUCGAGGUUCUACAACGGGAAAUCGAAGUCGUUUGCGAGCCUAGGAGAUGCAUCCUCCAUCAAAGAGGUUGCGAAACCGGAGAACGCCUACACGAGAAAACGGAGAAACCUCCUCGCCACCAACCUCCCCUCGCCACUGAGGGGCAAUGGUGGCGCCAUAUCGAAGAGGGUCACAACCUCUGCCACGGCCAGAACCUCACUGGCUCUGGCCGUGGCCAUGAGCAACUCGGAGAGCGAAUUCAGCUCAUCGUCCCCAAGGAAGAAGGAUCUGUCGACAUGGAGAUCGUUCUCCUUGGCCGAUUUGCAGCAUUGUGCAGCGGUUGCUAUCUCCAACUCGAACUCUAACGGAAUGACUGUGAAGCCGUCCGGAUAGAUGCCGGCCGGCCGGGCCGGGCUAACUUGGAAGGAUGCUUAGUUUUGUGUAGAAAAACUAAUGUUGAACCUUCCACGGAUCUAAAUUUUGUACAAAUGUUUAUCAUUAGCCAUGUGAGUGAGUUAAUGAACUAGUUUCAAUUAUCUA